CUGCUUCCGGCGCCGCUUACAGCCUCCCCGACAACCACUUCGGCAUACAGCCACCAGACGCUGUCUAACAACUUUGAUCACGCCCCGUCUCACUCCCAGAGUCUCAGUCACGAUAAUGUGCCUGUCCAGCCAGGUGCAACGCUCCAGGCUUCGCAGACGUCUCCUCCAGCAGCGGUCGCUGGCGCAUCCAAGGCAGCGCAGGUAGCUACGCCCACUUCGCAGUCCAACCAUCGUGGGAAUAAUCUGUAUGCCUGCCGAGAUUGCGGCCGGUCCUACUCCAGGCCCGAGCAUCUUGUCCGCCAUGUGCAGACGCACACGCUGGGUCGGCGGUUUGUCUGCGACAUUUGCCAAAAGUCGUUUGCGCGCAAGGACCUGCUGCGGCGACAUGUUGCGAACCAUGACAACGACUCGCCCAAAAAGCGCCGGCGCACGACGACAUCGCCAGGUGCCGGGCGAGUAUCGCAUGCGUGUCGGUCCUGUGCUGUUGCGAGAGUCAAGUGUGACGACACCAAGCCGUGCAAGCGCUGUGUUAGUAGAAACCUCAAUUGCGUCUCCACCGAGACUCCUUCGACGGCCGCCAUGCACCUCAUGCACUUGUCAGCCAAUGCGCACUCUGGUGCCCCCAGCCCAAAUAACAGUGGAAAUCUGAAUAAUGAUGGUGAUAAGUCGGUCGCGGCCACCCACUCUUCCCAUUCGGCGACGUCGACCAGGGAUUCUAAUUCCCCGGCGCCCUUUACAACCAGUUCCCACCAACCCCGCUCCGUCACUCUGCCUGCGCCUCACUCGAUUGUGCUUGAUGCAGCCCAAGACCGCAGCAAUGUGAAUCUACCUCAUUCACUUGCAAAACUGCCCUUCCAAGAGCCAAGGAGCUCCGAGUUCUUGCUGCCGCCAAUUGAGCUUGAGCCCUCCGCCAGUGCAAUGGACCCCAAUCGCCUCCCUUAUGCUGAUUUUUUGCGCGAUAUUCUUCUCGAUGGCUCAGCAGACUCCGGCCGUGGAUCCCAUAUCCAGGGCCUCACCGUGCUUGAUUUUUGUGAUCAUGAGAAUUUAGAGCUCACCGUCGAGGAUUUGGCAAACUUAGAAGAUGCCCUACAUAGUCGCCAAGCCCUUGCGAGAGCAUGGGGGAACCCACCCAGGACCUGGGAAUCGGGCAGCCAGGACAGCACAUAUGGUCGCGAAGAGUCGUUCGAGCGAACUGUUCCAGAAACUCUCGUGCAAUCUGGUCGGGACCGGGUUCUUGCGAUCCUGCUCAAUGCAAGCCGCCAAAAUCCAAGCCUGAAUCGGAUUGUGGGAUCUUUUCCUUCUCUUGAGGUCAUGGACUUCCUGGUUCAGCAGUUCUUGGCCUCGAUGGCACGCCAGCCAUACGAUUGGAUCCAUUUCCCAACUCUGAGGCCCGCAUCCCAAUUGCCGGAGUGGAUAGCUAUCGCAGCAGCAGCAGGGGCCGUAUCCUCGCCCAUCCUAUGCCUCCGGAAAUUCGGCUUUGUUCUUCAAGAAGCAGUUCGAACCUCAAUUACGACUCAGCUGGAAGAAAAUAACCUGGCAAUCCAGGAUAUGGCCCUUCUUCAAUCAUUGAUCAUGGUGCAGGACGUUGGUCUCUGGAGUGGGAACAGACGCAAAAUGGACAUUGCAGAGUGCUAUCUGGCGACCCCUGUUCAGAUGAUGCGACACCGGCGAAAAUUCCAGGGCUCUCAUUACCCCUCAAUGUUGGCCGACGCCGCAGACGAAGGUGCUGUGCUCGAAGAUAAAUGGCGAAGAUGGGUCGACAGAGAGAAAUGGAAACGAUUGGUAUUCCAUUGCUUCGUCAGGGAUGCACAGUGUUCCAUGGCGACGCUCACAAACCCGACAAUAUCCUAUGCUGAACUCACAUUGCCUCUACCCGAAUCUGGAGAACUCUGGGCUGCGACUACAGCGCUGGAGUGGAAGACGGCCUGCCUUCAAAGUUAUACUGAUCGGAAUGUCAAGGCGCCAACCGUCGGUGACGUUAUCCAAGACUGCCAGCUCCUGCGUUCGGCAUAUCGGCAACUGGACGUGCCCUUUUCACUGUCGAUAUUCAUGCACGCUUUCUGGGCGCUUAUCCUUGAACAUCGUCAGUUGAGCGCAAUCCAUCGGUCCAGGUCCAAUUUGGGCGGUAGCUCAAUGAGCGGAAACCAAAACUUGCUGCUGAGCUCUAGACACCAAGAACUGGUGAAGGACCUACAGACCUUCCAGAUGGUAUCUGCAGAGUGGCUUGAGAUGACCUGCCAAGAUCACAUGGUGCUCAAUCUGUUGUUGAUGAACCUCCAUGCUUCUCUAGAUGACAUUCAGCUGUUCACAGGAAAGGAUGGCGAGGAGGAGGCGCGACGUAUCUACCCAGUUCUUCAGCAAUGGAGCACAACCUCGGAGGCCCGGUCUAGCAUUUGGUAUGCUGGUCAAGUCAUUCGAUAUGCGAGGCUGUUUGCUCCAGGACAGCUCAAAGACUUUUAUGCCGUGGCAGUCCAACACGCGGCAGUUGUACUGUGGGCAUAUGGGGUGAUGACGAGAGCGGGUCGAAGACAGCGAUCACUCUCACCCCAUCAUUCUCAAGAGCUACUCUCCCUGGAUGAUGGGGACAGCGUGGCCAUUCAAAAUUUCAUUGGUAUUGGUAGUGGGCGGCCGGUGAUUCGCAACCUCCAGGGGAGUGUUGUUGUGUCAGAGUCGCUCGUCGACGAACCAUGGGGAUGCAUGAGCAUCGUUCAAGAGGUGUUGCGGUCCAAUUUCAAGUAUAAUGAAGCGAUACCCACAGUGGUAGAGAAUCUCUGUCAUUUGCUAAAGCAGGUGGGAGAUGCAUCCUGGGUAGGAGGACAGUCUAUCUAA